CGUGCGUCAUGGCGUCACGCGGAAGUAAUACAGCCAAGAUGGCAGCGUCCUUGACAGGCAUGUUUAGAUUACAGUAGAGUGUUAAACGUGCUGAACAGUUGUGUCUGCACGGCUGACAAGAGAAAAUUUUGAGAGCGGAGUAUGGAGAGACGAGAGUUCGUCGCGUCCCUGGUGGCAGGAGGCUGUGCAGGGAUGUGUGUGGAUCUGACCCUCUUCCCCCUGGACACCAUUAAGACAAGACUGCAGAGUCAGCAGGGCUUCUACAAGGCAGGGGGCUUCAGGGGUAUCUACGCUGGAGUCCCGUCUGCUGCUGUCGGCUCCUUCCCCAAUGCUGCUGCUUUCUUUGUCACCUACGACUGCACAAAGUCCCUUCUCGGCGCUGGCGGGGUGCUAGCGGCACCACACGCGGCACCCAUCACUCACAUGCUGGCUGCCUCCCUGGGAGAAAUAGUGGCGUGUCUGAUCCGAGUGCCCACAGAGGUGGUAAAACAGAGGACCCAGGCUUCUCCCUCAUCCACCACCUACCGCAUGCUGCUGGCUACACUCAGAGAAGAGGGUUUCCGAGGCUUGUACAGAGGAUACGGGAGUACGGUUCUCAGAGAGAUUCCGUUCUCGCUGGUGCAGUUUCCACUCUGGGAAUAUUUAAAGACUCUGUGGUCAUGGAGGCAAGGUCACACGCUCUACUCUUGGCAGGCUGCAGUGUGCGGAGCUUUUGCAGGUGCAGUAGCAGCGUUUGUUACCACUCCUCUUGACGUGGCGAAGACCAGGAUCAUGCUAGCAAAGGCCGGGUCGACCACAGCGAGCGGCAACAUCCCUCUUGUGCUCUACGAGGUGUGGAAGAGCCGAGGCCUUACAGGUCUGUUUGCGGGCAGCAUACCGAGGGUGACCUUCAUCAGCGUGGGUGGUUUCAUCUUCCUCGGAGCGUAUGAGAAGGUCCGCCGCACUCUGCUGUAGCAGCCCGUCCUCUGUGGCUGUCCUGAGCCCUGACCUGGUGGAGGAACAGCAGGGGAUGUGUGUCUGGAAGUAGCAGCCCUGCACCCCCGUGCUGUGGGGCCCUCGGGAAGCAAGGAACACCUGGUGCUUGGGGCAACAGUCGUCCGUGAGGCGGAUCGCAUUACCCAGGGUGCUGCAUUCCUGCCCAAUCAGUGCCCUGCAGACUGAGUAUAACAGCCUGAGCUCACAGUUCUUAAGGUGAAAUGAAGCCACACUGUGUCACACAAGACUAGCCACGAAGCAUCUUUGCAGCUGAGUGUGUGUGUGUGUGCAUCAAUAAGUUAUGGUAUUAAAGACUGUCUCUUUUUAUGCUA